AUUGUUCAACUUGACAACAAGCUUAAGUUAACAUUGUGGGUAUUUUGAGAGGUUAAACACCACUUGACAACAAACACAAGUCAACAAUGUAUGUGCUCUUAAUGCUCAAUUGCUUAUCAAACAAGCGAACAAGGACUCAAUUCAACAAUUCAACUCUGUAAACGAACUCCAACACAAAUGCAAUAUCAAACAGUAAAAAGCUCCAAACUCAUCUCUCUUUUAUGUUUUUUCUCUUUUCUCCUCAUCACCACUGUCAAAUCAACCCAACACCCAUCAUCAUCUUCUUCGUCAAUCAUCUCCAGAUUCCAAGAAUACCUUCGGAUUAAUACUGCUCAACCAAACCCCAAUUACUAUGAAGCUACUGAUUUCAUCCUUUCUCAAGCUAAAUCUUUAUCCCUUGAAUUCCAGACCAUUGAAUUUGUAAAAAGUAAACCCUUGAUUUUGCUCAAAUGGCCUGGGAAAAACCCCAAAUUACCCUCUGUUCUCCUGAAUUCACACACCGACGUCGUUCCGGUGGAAUCCCAGAAAUGGGUCCAUCACCCUUUUGGCGCCCACAUUGAUUCGGAUGGCAAUAUUCAUGCCAGGGGUACUCAGGAUAUGAAAAGUGUGGGAAUGCAAUACUUAGAAGCUAUUAGGAAGUUGAAGGAUUCUGGGUUUGAGCCGACUCGUACCAUUUAUUUAUCUUUUGUGCCAGACGAAGAGAUUGGAGGACGAGACGGUGCUGAGAAGUUGGCUGAGUCUGAUGUGUUUGAGAAUAUGAAUGUGGCCUUUGUGCUUGAUGAGGGAAUGCCAUCACCAAAUGAAAAGUAUCGGGCAUAUAACGGGGAGAGGUCGCCAAUGUGGCUGGUUAUCAAGGCAACUGGGGCACCUGGACAUGGGGCAAAGUUGUAUGACAAUACUGCAAUGGAGAAUUUGUUGAAGAGUAUUGAGAGUAUUAGGGGUUUUCGAGCAUCACAGGUUGAUAUGCUAAAAGCUGGGUUGAAAUCCGAGGGAGAGGUGAUUUCAGUAAACUUGGUAUAUUUGAGAGCUGGCACGCAAACUCCGAAUGGAUUUGUCAUGAAUUUGCAACCUUCUGAAGCUGAAGCAGGUAUAGACAUUCGAGUUCCACCUACAGCUGAUCAGAAAUCUCUUGAAAAGCGUAUUGCUGAGGAGUGGGCUCCUGCUUCACGCAAUAUGACAUUUGAGUUCAAGCUGAAGGUUCCUGUGGUUGACAGAUACGGUAAGCCUGCUCUAACAGUUGCUGACAAUUCAAACCCCUGGUGGGUCCUCUUAGAAAAAGCCGUCUACAGUGCUGGUGGAAAACUUGGAAAGCCAGAGGUAAAUAUUGGAACAACAGAUGCUCGUUACUUUAGGCAACGAGGCCUGCCAGCUAUAGGAUUCUCUCCUAUUGCAAAUACUCCUCUCCUACUACAUGACCACAAUGAGCUCCUAAAUCAACGGGAAUAUCUCAAAGGAGUUGACACAUAUGUUUCGAUAAUCAAAGCUUAUGCUUCUUAUGCAGAGGAGACAGAAACUCAAGCUGCCAAAGAUGAGUUGUAAUACUUCGUAGAACGCUCCUAAACCGAGCAGAAAAUCUUAAAAGGACCAGAUAAAUAUGCUUUAGUCAUCAAAGCUAAUGCAUCUUAUACUGUUCGAAGUUUAUGGCUCCAUCUUUCACUUGACUCUUCUGCCAGAAACUGAUUGUUUUGGCGCGGAGAUAUUUGUUGUUACUAUGUGAAGAUUUCAAGUGAUUUCAGUGCCUAGUGUUUAGCAACAGGAAAAAAAUUACUGCUCCAACUUCUUGAAACUUCACUUGUAACUUUGUUUAGGCUCAAAUAAUUUUAUAAAUGGGGAAAAUCUGGUUCAGAUCUCUAGUGACCGUUCUCUUUACUGUAAAUUUGUGGUGAAUUAUGUCGACUCUGAUGCUUUUGUGGUUUUGCCAUAUUGUAAUAAGUGGGCAACUGGGCAUCCAUCUGUUUCAUUCA